AUGGCUAAUGAAUACGAGAUCUUUGAAUACUUGGAAGAAGAAGACGACCAUGAAGAUAGUGUAAGGAGGAAGCAGGCAGCAAAGGAGCGGCAUAGACGAUUACGGGAUCAAUGUGAUCCGUUUGAAAUAUACACGGAUGCUCAAUUUGUUAAGGAGUACCGAUUGACCAAAACACUAGCUCGCGAUUUAUGUGAAGAGAUUCGACCUUUCCUUAAAACACCACAAAAAGCUACUGACUUGUCGGUGGAGACAAAGGUUUUGACUGCUUUGUCAUUUUUUGCCACAGGGUCUUAUCAAAGACCUACAGGAAAGAUUCAAGGGCAUUUUGUAGCUCAGCAAACUGUGUCUACUGUCAUAAAUGAAAUUUCAAAGUGCCUAAAUAAUACAUAUUUUAGAGAAAAAUAUAUUCACUUUCCUAAUAAUAGUGAUGAACAAAACAAAAUAAAAACAAGAUUUCAUAACAAGUUUAAUAUUCCGGGAGUAUUAGGAUGCAUUGAUGGCACUCAUGUUGCUAUUGUGCGUCCUAACCAGCAUGAAGACAGAUAUUUUUGCAGAAAGGAUUACCAUUCUCUAAACGUACAAUUGGUUUGUGAUGCUGACAUGCAAAUUAUAAGUGUUGAUGCCAGUCAUGGAGGUGCAACUCAUGACUCUUUCAUUUGGUCUAGUCAUCCUUUAAAGGACUACAUGGAAGAACUAAGUAAUAAUGAAAAUGUAUGGUUUCUUGGUGACUCUGGAUAUCCAUUAAGACGGUACAUGAUGACGCCUGUUUUAAAUGCAGCACCAAAUACACCAGAGGCACAUUAUACAAAUUUGCAUGUGCAUACUAGAAAUAUAAUUGAACGCACAAUUGGUCUUUUAAAAGCACGAUUCCGUUGUUUACUACUACAUAGAAGAUUGCACUAUCAACCAGAGGUAGCUGGUUCUAUUGUAAAUUCAUGUGUUAUAUUACAUAAUAUGUGCAAUGGAGCCAAGCUACCUUCGCAAGAGUUAACUACAGAAGAAAGACAAGAAGAAUCGCGAUUAGUGGCAAUUUAUUCUGCACAUAGUAGUAUUCCAGUGACGGAAGGAGGGCGUGGUAACGUAGCACUCCAGCAGGGUGUGGCCGUGAGGAACGCUCUCAUUCAGCGACUCUGGGAAAGGCGCUAGACAUUAUGCUGAAAAUAAUAAUGUAGUACUUUUAAUCACAUACAAAAUUUUAGUGCUUAUUAUUUUAUUUAUUUUCUCAGUAAUACAUAGGUAUUUGGAUUUUUACUUACUAAAAUCAAGUUUACGGAAAUUAAGUUAUAAUUUUUAUUUUAUUUAGAUUUCAUUUCAGAAUAACACUAAUAGCUAAUAUUAAUUUUAUAAUAUGUAUAUUAGUCCUUUAAAAUAAAGUAUUUUUUGAUGAAAAGUAUGUUGUCAUUACCUUUUUAUAUCCCGUAUAUCAUCUUGUAUCGUUUUUAGACUAUUGGCAAUAAGUGCCAGGCUUCGGUGCACACCCUCCAUGGCAUUACUGCUACGCACACUGGCCUCUGUUUUUUCUUGGGCCGACUGCUCGAGAAGACG